AUUCCGAUUGUGAUAGUCGCAGUCGUAUAAAAAAUUUCUCAGUACCUCUAAAUAAUAUGUCUUAGUUUAAUAAGAUAUUCAAAUAUUAACAUCAUGUUUUCGAAAGUGAUUUUUUGUGUGGUUUCAAUUAAUUUUAUUUUAGUUAGAGGGCACAUACAGUUGCCUGUACCAAAUGAGGCGUUAGAUCAGAAUCUCUAUAGAGAUGUGAUUGAUCCGGAGUUAUGUAGUGAACAAAUUGCCCAAAUAAGAAACAAUACGUUACUCUCGAUGUUCUUUGCUGAUGCCGGUAUUAGGGUACCACGAGGCAUACUUACAGGCAACACUCUUGACUUGGGUAAUUAUCACCAAUGCCUCGGCAUUAACGAGAUUACAGACACAAACACCGAACUCCAAGGGAAAUACUGCAUGAUUCGUGUACCAAUGAAUCAAAGUUAUCAUUUUCCUGAAGACUUUGAGAUUCCCAAUUUUGACCCAAGACUUCUACAGUUGGAUGAUGAAACUGUAGCGACUUUGAAGAAAUAUUAUGCAUCCAGACAAGGAAUGUUGGCGAUGUCUGGUAUUUUUAAUGAUGAGAGGACGCCAGUACAGACACCUCUCUCUAGGUUUACAUUUAGUCUAGCUAUCUGCAUCCCAAGACCAUGUACAACUGAGCAAGCAAUAAAUUCAUAUUUAUUCAACAUAUCCGCUAUCGGUUUUCAAUACACUGAUGAGUUUUGUCGUCUGCCUAACGACAAGCCGUGGGUGCCUGGAGACACAGUGGCAGUGGUCGUUUUCUCAAUAAUUGGGUUACUUACUCUUGUCAGUACUACUUUUGAUAUCUGGCAGACGAUUAUUUUGAAAAAAGAUCCUAAAACAGUGAGUGUUAUUGGUAGAUCAUUUUCUGUAUACACAAAUGGUCGUCGUGUAAUGACAUUUACUUCUGGUGCCAACACGAUUGAAUGUUUGGACGGCAUCAGAGCUCUAGCCAUGAUGUGGGUGGUCCUUGGCCAUUCGUUUUCAUCAGAAUCAAAUUGGGCCAAUCCCCUUGAUGGAUUUACGUGGGCGACAUCAUGGCAAGCUUUAUGGGUGGUAUCAGCUACAUUGACAGUGGACACAUUUUUUAUGUUGAGUGGCUUUCUCGUUGUCUAUACUACAGUUGGAAAAAUAAAUUCCAAUCAGUUAAUAAAAAACAUUCACCUGUUUUGGCUAAAUCGACUCUUGCGCAUGUUUCCUUUAUUGGCUGCUAUUGCACUCUUAGAAGCGACAUAUCUAAACCGAUGGACAGAUGGACCCAUAUGGGGUGUAGUGGAAGGUCAUGUCCACAGAUGUAGGACAUCCUGGUGGUCUACCUUGUUACAUGUGCAGAAUUAUAUGAACCCUACUAAUACGUGCGUCGGUCAGACAUGGUAUUUAGCGAUAGACGUCCAGCUUCACAUCUUAUCUCCAAUUCUUCUAUACUGGGUCUUAAUGGGAAGGAAGAAGAUAGCCUGGGCCGCUUUGUUAGCGGGGCUUGUAUCUAUUUUAACAGCGGCUACUAUUUAUAAUUUUAUAAGGGAGUUUCCCUCUACAAUGAUGGGUCGCCCAGAACGAACGAUGGAUUACUCAGUCAAUUAUUACAUGAACACAUUAACUCGAGGCUCUCCAUUUUUAGUCGGCAUGAUCUUCGGGUAUUUAGUGAGAACUGAAAAACUUGUCAUGUCCAAGAUCACCACAGCAGUUUACUGGAUAGCAGCGUUUAGUUUGUCAACCUUGUUGAUGUACACGAACUAUCCCAUAGCACAGCCGGAGUGGGACAAUCAACUAGGGGAUAGUCUAUACAACUCCUUCGUCAGACCUCUAUGGGCUUUAUACCUUGGCUGUUUGAUAUACGCUUGUGUCAAUGGUUUCGGAGGUCCAAUAAAUUGGUUCUUAUCACUUAGUGUGUGGAAGUUACAAUCACGAUUGUCGUAUGGAAUGUAUUUGUUCCACUAUGGUUUGAUGGUAGCUGUCAACUACACUGCGGUAGCACCGAUGUAUUUCUCUGUGGAAUCUGUGUUGUUCAAGUUCCUCGCUCACUAUGCGUUGUCCUUCGCCGUCACAUUCCUCAUGGUGCUAGUCAUCGACGCACCCUUCUCUACGUUAAUCAAACUCAUAUUUACCAGUCCAAAGAAACCCACAAAAAAGGAAUUCGAUGAAGAACCAGCAAAGGAGAUGGAUAAAACAGUGUAAAAUACUAUAUAAACGCACACCCACACACACACACACAUACCCACACACACACACUAGUAUUUUACGGUGUGUUAGUGUGUGUGUGUGUGUGUGUUACUUAGUUAAUUACUUAGUUAUAUUAUGUAGGUAAUUUAAAUUGUAAUAUUAAAUUGAAACUCGCUAUUUGUUCCUCAUAAUUGUAGGUCGAUAGUUAAAACUUAAUUUAUUUUUUUCGUAUUAAUAAAUAAAUGUUUUUGUAUGAAAAAGAAA